CUCUAGACAUCCAUGAAGCUGCGUUGCUAUGCAGUAUACCACCAACCACACCCUCAGCCUUCUGUGUGCGGGGCCAGCAUUUGCCCCUUUUUUUACCCCUUUUUCUAUCCAAUGCUACACGUCCAUCUCUGCAGCAACAAAACUGUGGAGAUCACCCAAAGGUCUGAUUAAGCAGCGCAACCAUCACCUGAGGUAGGGCAAAAAAAAAAUAGCGGAUAAGUCAUGUACAUGAGAUGAGGAAUAUGGAUUAGUAACAAGGUAGCAACGAACCGCAUUGUCGCUGUUGUUCUUUUUUUUUUGGCUGUCAAGUUCGGGAAUAUGACUUGCUCGAUAUCAAUGAAGAGGGGGGAUGUGGGGUCGGGAAGCUAUGACAGCAUCAGCUUGGAUGAUAGCUCACUUAUCAACAUUUCACUUACAUACAUCAAACGUGCUGGAAAGACACCGAGGCUGCCUCAUCACUUUUAUUCAAGCUGCGCUGCUUGCUUGUAGCGUUGCGACAUUCUUUUACAGUCAACAAACAACAUCAACGCCAUCAAAAUGGUUCACCAACCACCCCCUCUUCCACUAGGUUCAGACGGCGAGGUCGACCUCCGCGCCCCCCUGACAUCAGAUACCAUCCUCCAAGUCCGCACCGGCCGAAUGGCUCCUCUCGCUCCCUUGAGCAUAAAAUCCGGCAUCAACAAAACUUUGAGGUUUGGACCUGUUCAAAUCACAAAGUUGGGGUUGGAAGGUGACGAGCAAGAUCCUACGUUUCAUGGGGGUGUUGAUAAGGCUGUUCACGGGUACUGCGCAGCCCACUACAAGUCGUGGCAAAAGGAAUUCCCCCAAGCCGCCGACAGGUUCGUCCCCGGGGGGUUCGGGGAGAAUCUCGUUCUUGGCUUCAUGAACGAGAGGAAUGUUUGCAUAGGCGACAUCUUUGAGAUAUCAGACUCAACUGCCGUGUUACAGAUUUCACUUCCAAGACAGCCUUGCUUCAAACUCAACCACCGCUUCCACCUCCCCAACUUCGCACCCAACACCUACAGCCUCUCCCGGACGGGGUACUACUUCCGCGUUCUCACUCCCGGGCCCGUCGAAGCAGGGAAUAAACUGACUUUGGUCUCCCGCCCCCACCCCGACUGGACUAUUGAGCGCAUCCAGCGGUACCUCCAUAAGGAAACAGACAACUAUGACAUGAACCUCGAGCUUUCUCAAAUAGAGGAGUUUGGGGCCGAGUGCAAAGACAACUUCACUCGGCGAGUCAUACGAGCGAGGGCAAAAGCCAAUAAAAAACCAAAGGAGAAGUGGUUGCCCUACCAGGUGGUAGAAAGAAAGGAGCAAACGAAGAGGAUAACUUCCUUUGUCCUCGAAGCGGUUGACAAAUUUGCGGAAGGGGAAGAGAAGGAGCUCAGCCCAGGUGCUCACGCAAAGAUCAAACUGGGAAAGGGCCUCGUCAGGGCGUAUUCCAUCGUCGACGGUGACAAAGAGCGGUUCCAGUUGGCUGUUGCCCUUGAGGAAAAGAGCCGCGGUGGGAGCAAGUACCUCCAUCACGAGGUCAAAGUAGGGGAUGUGCUACAAGUGGGGGCUAUCACGGCUGCGGUGCCGAUUGUUUCAGCGGCUAGUCACCAUGUUUUUGUCGCGGGUGGCGUGGGUGUUACGGCGUUUUUGGCAAUGGUCGAGUUCUACAAGAGUAUACACUACAGCGUUGUCCUGCAUUACGCCGUCCGAUCUGCAGAUGAUGUGCCGUUUCGAGACCGGAUCGAGGAGCUGAAGAAGGAAGGACAGCUGGUGCUCUACGACAAGGCUGCCGGGCAGAAAAUGGAUAUACGGCAGAUCAUCCAGAGUAGGGGUUGGAACUCGCAGUUGUAUUUCUGCGGGCCAAAGAGGUUGAUGGAUCAGGCCGAGAGGGAGGUCAAAGAACUUGGUGUUUAUCAAAAGGAGGUGCACUACGAAGCCUUCGAGGCAGACCUGAGCGGGGAUCCCUUUGAGGCUGUCGUGGCGAACAAGGGCGGGGUGGUUAUCAAGGUCGGGGAAGACGAAACCCUGCUCGAGGUCCUGCAGAAGCAGUUUGACCAGCCUGACUCGAGCUGCUGUGUUGGGAACUGCAAGACUUGUCUGGUUGAGCUCAAGGCUGGCCGGGUUGAUCACCGCGGGACGGCUCUGACGGAUGACGAGAAGGUCACCUCAAUGUUGUCGUGCGUCAGCCGUGGGGUUGGACGUAUUACCAUUGAGAUCUAAUGGAUCGGCCGGGUGGCUUCGUCAAGAUAGCCGGCUGCAUGUUCCGGUCUGCGUCAGCUGAUGCUGUGUUGAGCAUGCGACGGCCGUUCAAAAGUGGGUAAAGAUAUCACCCAUUGCACGCUAGAAAUGUUGAAGAACUGCACUUGUGAUCACU